UAUUUUUUGUUUAACCUUUAUUUAACCAGGUAAAUUAGUUGACAACUGAUUUUCAUUUACAAUAACAACAUGACCAAGAGGCAGCAUACAAACAGAAUAAAUAGUUUCUUUGUUUAUUGUUUAUUUAUGGCAGCUCUACAGUCAGUCAUGAAGCUGAACCAAGGACCAAACACACCUGCAUUUCUCUAAAAAAUAAAUAAAUUCGCCAAAUAUUAACACUACAACACUAAUCUCUCCAUCACAGCAACAAAAUCCCCUCUGUUGAACCACAAAACACCUCUCACAAACAACAGAAGAAAGUUUGAUGUCAGGGAACUGACGUGAUUUCCUGUCUGUGACACAUAUGAUUGAAGUUUAAGAUAAAAACCUGCAGAUUAGGCCAUUAUAUUUUCAUCAAAGGAGAACUAGGCCACAUUAUCUUUAGUCUGUAGGUGUGAUGAAUACACCCAGGACCAUCUCUGGUGUUUUAUUCAGGAGCCUUUUAUAAGAGCUUUAUCACAUUCAACACAGCAGUCAUGUUGAACCUGCCACAGCUGUAAACAUAACAGAGAAAACACAGAGUACAUCUACUUAGUUCCAGAUUUUUAGAUUAGGCACUUUCACUUUCCAACCUGUUUUAUAUUUACAGUCUUUUCACCUUUUCAACUGUUUUCACAUAAGUUUACAGCAUAUUUUCAGCAUUACACGCUUCAAUCAUGUUUUUUUUCUACCCAGGAUGCAUUGCGCUUCUGCAGUUGACAUCCACUGACAUCAAAGUUUUACAGUGCAGUUGUUUUUGUGCUGAUCUGGUUUGUGAAAAGUAUUGUGGUCGUUCUCAUGUCAUUCGCUUUCCAGUACUUCUGUCUAGGUUAGGUCUAUUUUUAGCAAUUCAAUCUGCUUUCACUUUCCAAAUAAUACACAUCAUAUUAAAAACAUUUAUUGCCUUUAUCCUGUGAGUAACCAUUGGACCUUGUUAUAUCAGCUGUAUAAUGCUCUCAGAUUACGCUGACCAUUACAGCUAUUACAGUGUCACCAUGACCAACAGAAACUUUCAAAAAGCCAGUCUUCAAGUUUGUAUAAUAAUAUUCCUUUGAUUGCUGCGUGUUUAUCAUUUUCUUGUCUCCUUCAAGAAACAGCAUGAUAACUGUGAUGAGGAAUGGAAAGUACUGUGACUGAUGAUGCGAAAUCUCUGAAAGCUUGUUGUGUGAGUGUGCAGCUGAAGCUUUCACAAACAGAUGUUCAGGCUCUUCCGCUAACAGGAAUCUCCUGCACCGUCUGUGUGUCUGUUGUGGCCUAGGAUGUGCAUCUCUUUCAUAAGUGAGUAAACAUUCGCAAGGUUUCAUAUCUGGCAGAUUCCAAGAAACUUCUCAGCGAAAGUUUCUCUUCUUCCCGCUUUUUUUUUUUUUCUGCGUCGUGCUUCUAUCAGUGUUUUUUUUUUCCAUCUCUGGAGACUGUUUCCUUUCCAAAAAAGCCUGAAAAACACACAGUGGUCGAUACUUUUUGAAAAGUGAAAAUGUGCAUACAGACAUGUGCAUUUAUUUACAUGUUACAUUUGUGGUACUAGACUGUGUAAAGAGCUGCCGAGUCGAUCUGAGUCUUUAAAUUAGAUUUCAGUUAGUUUCAGGAAGGCGUCCUUGCGAUCUCAGUGCUCCUGGUUUCCAGAGAAAUACUCAUGCACGCAGUUCUUUGAAAUCCUCCCCACACUUGUGUUUUCACACUUAAUGACAAAAACAUAAACCACAUUUCCCUGAAGCCACCGUAAAGACUGGAAUGGGUUGACCUUUGUCAAAACUGACUCUAGGAGACAGGAAAUAAAGAACUCCAGAAGAUAGCUGGUCACGAAUGGCCAGGCUGUUUCCUUGCUUGCUUCAUCUUGCCUGAUAUUUGGGGCGCGCUGGCCUUUGAUGCUGGUGAACUGAUAAUUGUGGGGAACUACAAACGUUCUGUGUCACUGAAACUGCUAAAUACUGACAUUAACAGAUAAACAAGCACUAACUGAGGGAUCAGCAGAGUGUGAUAUGACACAACUGACAGAAGAAUAACAACAAUUCACCCUGAUUUUUUUCUGUUCGACUUUAUCUGAUAAAUCAUUACAGGUACAAACAUGAUUCUUUUGCCAUUAUUUCUACUCUAAAAUAGUCUACUUUAUGCCGCUCCAUUUCAACAUUAGUGCAUACCUAUUGUCUAAUUGUGUUGUAUGGUUGAGCUUAAUCCCCAGCUUGGUUACUGACUGUCUAGCAGUGAAUGUCCCUGAUUCAGCAGGAUGUCGUGUUUGACUGCAGUGAGAAGCCAGACUGAUUAAGCCUGCAGCACCUCUCCAUAUUGUUCUGCCUUUGAAGCAACAAAACCUGGGCCUCUUGUACAAAAAAGCAACCAAGAGCUGCCCUGAGCGUCAGAGAGGCACGUUGAUGCACAUCGAUGCAACAAUUCGGUGCUCAUAAUCUUGUCUAUAUUGACAUCUUCUGCAAAUAAUGAUGAACAACAAGGAGAUCAGACACUUUGAUGCCAUGGCAGCAACUGCUCCAGUGGACUCUCCAGGUGUGGAGAUGGAGGUGAGGUCCAGACAGGAACAGGAGGAGGAUCUGAUACUCACAGCUUGGCACAGCAUGUCCACAGCCCUGCAGCAGCACAGUCUCUGUACAGAAUCCAGAGUUCCAGGUCCAGCUCAGUCUUUCCUGGCCCAGCAGAGGCAGUCCACCCAGGUGAGGAGGCACUCUCCCUGCGGCUGCUCCAGCCUAGGUAACCAUCUGUGAGCAGGAUGAAAAUGAAUGGUGUUUACAGUGCACUUGCAUUGGGGUUCUCAGUGUUAGUUUGCUGUUGUUGCCCUCUGCUGGACAAAAUUGGUACUGCAAUGAUAAAUGUGGGCUGUGAUGGGAACUGGCAGACUGCUCUAAUUGUAAACUCAUUGUGCUUUUACAUAAUUAACCUGUUGUCUGAACCACUUAUUAAUGUGUAAUACAUCAACAUUCAUUUCUGCAGAUAAGAUAUUGUUUUAAAGCGAAAAGUUAAAACAAUGUCCAUUAAUAUGACGUCAUCAGUAAAGAAACUGUCAGUUUGAGUCAUUAUUUGUCCCUUUUAUU